UGUUCUCAGUUCAGUUUGAUCCUCAGACCUCAGGCAGGAGGUUGCUCCCAGCAGCUCUGUCGGGUGUUCAUGUGACUCACUGCAAAAGACGUUUUCUUAUACAGAUACAAAGAACAACUAAGCACUGGUUUGGCCACUUUUUAAUUUCUGCGUCCUCUUUGUGACAUGUCGCUGUUUGUGGAGGACCCUGCUAACCUCUCUAAAUCUAGACUCAAGUCAGAUUUAGUCGCCCACAAUGUCGCGCUGCCACCUGCUAAGAGCAAAAAGGAGGUUUAUGUGAAGUUGCACUUAAAACACAUCGACCGGACAAACGCUGCGGAUUUUUCUAGCGACGAGGAGGGAGAUCAUCAAGAGCAAGAUGUGGCAGAGGAGGAUGCAGAGAUGCCCGACCCAUGUGGUUUGACUGACGAUGACCUCAAGGCUGCGCUACUCAAAUAUGGGGUUAAAGCCGGGCCCAUUGUUGCCUCCACCAGAGCCUUGUAUGAGAAGAAACUCAGGAAGCUGCUUCAGUCUGAGGAACAAGGCCAUCUGAACAGAGCAGAGAAAGAUGUGUUGUACUCAGACAGUGAAGAAGAUGAGGAAAAUGGGGAAGAGGAGGAUAAAGGGUCAGAUCCUGAAGAAGCAGAAGAGGAAGAUGUUGAGCAAUCAGACAAAGCACAACAAGUGAGCAGUCAGGUAAAGUUGUGGUUUCAGAAUGGAGAUUUUGUUUACCCACAGUGCUUUUUACCUUCAUCAAGGCUGCGCGCUCAUGCUUCUAGAGACAGGGAACCUAGUCCCAAGUGGAAUUCAGGGAAUGCGGUAAAAUCAUCAGAGCGGAGUCGGCCUCACUGCUUGCAGAUUCCCGUAGGAAUUAGUAAAGCAUCCUCUGUAGAUCAACGCUCAGGAUUAGGAUCAGGGUUGCCAUGUGGAUCACAAUCAGUAACCAGUGGCAGUUCAUCGUUUUCCUCUCAGGCCUUCAGCAUAACUCAAAUGGUUGAAGAGAUGGAGAGUCGGAGGUCACUCUCCAGUAGCACAGACACAGAGAGAGUGUUGAAUGGGAGCAAUGUGCAGGAGCAUUGGUCACGGUCCAACAGGCUGAAAAGGACGAUUGUGGACAAGUUCACCAUGGAGAACCAGUCCCUUUACUACACUCCUGAGGCAUCAACUUAUAAAUUGGAAAUGAAGCUUUCUCAGGAGCCUGUGAAAGAUACACUCGAGGACAUAUUUCCAAACACUGAUGCCACACCUACAGGGAUCCACGCCACACGUCGGAGACCUAUCAAGGGCGCAGCAGGGAGGCCUGUCCAGUACGUGUAUCCAGACACUCCUGCCAGUCCCACAACCCUGGAGAGACGAGAGGUGGAGCGCCGCCUUGUGCCCAUACAUAUACGGAUUUUUGUCUUCCUCACCGUGGCGUGCCUCCUGUACCUCAUUUAUGUUUGUGUUGAGGAUGAUGCUUUCAGUCCAUUUGUGGCUUUACUGGAUGGCCUAAACCAGGGGUCAGACAGUGAGAAAGGGCUUUUGCUUCAGGCUGAGACACAAGACACACCAGCACUCUCUGGACAGGAGUAACUCUUAUAUUGACUUACAGAUGUUGCUUUUUCGGUGAUGCAAGCCUUGUUCAGGGAUAUCUUCAGGAAGCACAUGUUGCUUUACUAUUGUGUGUAUGUGUGUGUCUGUAUCAGAGCAAACCUCAAGUCCAGUUUUACAUUUUUAUAUGUUUUGCUAAUGGAUGUGUAACCAAAGUGCUCCUGUCCAUGUAGUUAGCUGAAACAAUUUUUUCAAAUUUAUAAAUAAUAAUGAGAAUUCUAUAUUGUUUUUCUAUGACCUAACCCACAUUGUGUAAUGCC